GCCCAACACGAAAACGUAGACUUCAAGUGAGAGGAAAGAAAAAAAAGAAAAAAAAAGGAAAAAAAGAAAAAAAAAGGAAGAAGCAUGGUGCUUAAGAACACCGGUAUUUUCCCCGUUUCGCACUCCAUACGGCAUCGUUCGACCUGUGAAUGUCACCUCUUUCUAUUUUCUGAGCUCCAUCGACCAACAAUGGCGGAUUCCGCAACCUCCGGCUCCUGAUUAUUCUGCUUUGAUUUCGCCCACGUCUGCUUACUUCUCUCACUUUGGGACCUCUUUCUUACUGUGUUCUCUCUCUCUCUCUCUCUCUACAACUGCUUGUUGAAGUUUUGGGGCGCUGGAGUGAAGAAGUUUGUAUAUUCGGAGAAGGAAAUUGAGAUUUAGAUGCGGAUUACUCACCUGAUAGGUCGUGUUUCGACGUGUUGUGGCCGGGGAGCUUUGUUGCAGAUCUAAUUGGUUUUGCAUUUAGGUGUCGCACUGUUGAGGGAUGGUUUGGUAUGGGUGUUGUUCUGGGAGCUGACAGCGUAAACGAACAGCGUGGUUUAUUUUUUUGUUUUUGGUUUUGAGGUAUUCUUGGUGAUAUACCUGUGAUUAUCGAGAUUUUUUGGGCACGGAACUUGGGGGAUUUAGAGAUGAAUCGUAGUUUUAGGGCUUUGGAAUCGCAAAUGCAAGCUCCGGUGAGGCAGCGGCAGCAGCAAGUUGGGGGAUUAAGGGCGUCGGUGAUGAAAGAUAAGGAAGAGGARCUCGCGUUGUUCUUGGAAAUGAGAAAGCGUGAGAAGGAGAGGAAUGAUCUUCUCUCUAACAACGCGGAAGAGUUCGAUGCGCCUUUAGGAACAAAACCAGGAACUUCUCCAAUAUUUAACAUCGCAUCAGCAACCCCAGCCCCUACUCGCAAGACUGGUGCUGAUGAUUUUCUUAAUUCUGACAAUGAUAAAAAUGAUUAUGAUUGGCUUCUUACUCCUCCUGGAACUCCUCUUUUUCCAUCUUUGGAAACGGAGUCAGAAAGGGUCUUAAUGAGCCAUGCUACUCCAAUGGGUCGUCCCAAUGUGCUGAAAUCUAGACUCGCAAAUCUCCAGCAAGAGCCUACUACGAGGAGCAGCUUAGUCUCAAAACAAUCAGCUUCUUCCCCAGGAUUGAACUCUUCAAGUGUGGUGAUACGUAGGCCUUCAUCAUCUGGAGGUCCUGGAUCAAGACCUGCUACACCAACCGGGCGUCCUACAUUAACCACAACAUCUAAAACUUCCAGAUCCUCAACACCUACUUCCCGUGCAACUUUGCCUUCAAGUAAAACAACAGUUUCCUCGGCUAAGCUUACAACAGCUUCAAAUAAGCUGGCAGCUGCCUCAGCCAAGCCAACAGUUAACAUGACUAGGCAGGCUACUGUUUCUUCAACCAGGUCCUCAGUUUCUGCAAGAUCUUCUACUCCAACAUCAAGAGCAACAGCAAGAUCGUCAACACCGACUUCCCGACCUACUGUACCUCCACCUAAGUCCACAUCAAGGGCCUCAACUCCAACUCGUCGGCCAUCCACACCAUCAAGUGCACCAAGUGCACCUGUUUCCUUAGUCAAGUCUUCAUCAUCAAUUUCAAAGCCAUCUCCAACUGUGUCAAAGAAUCCAGUACCAUCAAGAGGUUCUUCCCCAACAGUUAAAUCCAGACCAUGGAAUCCUUCAGACAUGCCUGGUUUCUCUCUUGAUGCUCCACCCAAUUUAAGGACGUCACUUCCUGAAAGGCCACUUUCAGCCACAAGGGGUCGGCCUGGAGCACCCAGUGCACGGUCGUCUUCUGUAGAACCUGUUUCAAAUGGUAGGCCAAGACGACAAUCAUGCUCUCCUUCUAGAGGCCGUGCGCCUAAUGGGAAUAUCCAUCUUAGUGGGAGCUCUGUCCCUGCAAUAAGCCGUGCGUAUUCUAAAGCUAAUGCCAACAUAAGCCCUGUAUUGAUGGGGACGAAAAUGGUUGAAAGGGUAAUAAACAUGCGCAAAUUGGCCCCUCCAAAGCAAGAUGACAAACAUUCACCUCAUGGAAAUCUGUCUGGGAAGUCUUCAUCGCCAGAUAGCUCGGGCUUUGGGAGAACACUAUCUAAGAAGUCUCUUGAUAUGGCAAUAAGACACAUGGAUAUAAGGCGAAGCAUUCCAGGUAAUCUACGCCCAUUGAUGACAAAUAUUCCAGCUUCUUCAAUGUAUAGUGUACGAUCUGGGCCAUCCCGAAGCAGAACUGUUAGUGUUUCAGAUUCACCUCUUGCUACGAGCAGCAAUGCUAGUUCCGAAAUGAGUGUCAACAAUAAUGGUCUCUGUUUGGAUGCAAGUGAAAUGGAUGAUGAAAUUGGCAGUGAGAGAGGAGGUCGAUCUCCCCGCAUCAUGUGCGCUAGGUGAAGAAGCUGAUCGCUCAUUUGGAUUUAAACUGCCAUUCUGAUCAAUCAAAUGUUUCAUUUUGGACAUCAACUUUCAUGAUGGUACAAAGAUGAUAAUCGUGGAAGUGAUAACCAAAUCAAUCAUGUGUCUAGGACUAAUGUAAAGUUCAUUGAGUCGUUGAUUGUUGUAUUUAUGUAAUUCCAGAGCUUUGUAUGGCUAGAGGAACAAAGUUAUAUGCUGAACUAUCUUCUUACGCAUUUUCUACACGGUUGAGGUAUUUCCUAGUUGCUUAAGAUAUUGAACCUUUGAGACCGUUAACUAUUGACAAUGUAUCGAUUCUCCGACCCAGUGCAGAUUUUACGCA